AACACUCGAAGAAAACAAAAUUCUUUGAUCUGUAAGCACUUAUUUUAAUUUUCCUAUUCCUGAUUAAUCAAGGAUCUCAUUACAUUUAGUUGCCUGACAAAAAAGGAAUCAAUUUUGCUCACUGUUUGGACUUCUGACUUUGCCUGAUCCUCUGUAUAUUCAAUGGAUGAGGUACAACAGCCUUUAAAGUUAAAUGUUGGAGGAAUGAUUUUUGAGACACUUCCUGAUACUCUUGCCAAGGUUCCCAGCUCCAAGCUGAGCAGGAUUCUCGUAGAAUCAGAGCCCACCAUACCACAGACUGGGGCCAGGGAAUACUUUAUAGAUAGGGAUGGAUCUUUAUUUGGAUACAUCUUAGACUUCCUCAGGACAUCUGAAUUACUGCUGCCCAGCGGCUUCUGUGACUAUGACUCGCUUCGAAAGGAAUUUGAAUUCUAUGAACUGGAUCCAGUAUCAUGCAUAUUGGAGUCGUUACAGAAGAAAAACAAAUCAGAGGUUCUAGAGAUACGUUACAUUCAAAAGGGGUCGGGAGCCUUUUUCAGAAUCUUCGGAUCGUCUGUGGAAACAGUUUACGCACUUUCCAGUCAGAUAACGAUGCAUGCAGAGAGAACAAGCUCCAAACCAUGGGUUUCUGUUGAGAAAAAGAAUCCUACCACUGCCCAGAAGCUUUCAUUUCAUGAUCUGGUUUUCCAGUGUGGAUCUAACCCUUAUGGGAAAGGACAGCAAGUUAACAUUUAUGUCCAAGUGUUUCCUGGAGGCAAAAAAAUUCUUCUGGGCUUCAAUGGCUUGGGAAUUCUUCUUGAUUACCUAACAAAAGUUGGAUUUUGUCUCCAGAAUACCAGAUCAGUCCACCAACAGGAAGGCACAGUGGAAUGUUAUACUUUCAAACACAAUAUGAAAUAAAACACUUCCUGCACCACCGAUCUGUUUUCACUAGUAUAAUGAGAAAGCCGGAUAACUGUCUGUGUCAAUGUAUUUACUCUUACAAACAAUAUCAGAUUGUAUAUUUACAAUGGCUAAAUCCCCACUAACUUUGAUUUUUUUUGCCUUUUACAGUUAUUGCCCCUUUUCUCUUAUUUAGAUUGACAGUUUUAAAAUUGGUGUAAUUGUGAAUCAUAACAAUAAUAAUUGAAGGAGAAAAAAUUACUAUGAAAUGGUGAUCCAAAUCAAGCAUUUUGUUACAACUGCAGCACGGUGGGGUUGAGAACAGGGUUUGGAGGACAUGGGAGAAUUCACCUUUGUGAUAAAGAAACUCCAAAACGAGAAACACUGAAUUUCCAGUUCAGUAAACAGACCAAUGGAAAGUAUAAGGUUAAACCUACCAAUUAACUCUUCAUUUGAAGUUUUAGCCCAGUAUAGAGCUCUGCUGCAUACAACACAUCUAAUUUAGGAUCGUUGUGACUUUGUAAUUUAGUCUUCAUCAAAUUAGCAUCUUCCUUGUAAUACAUAAAACGUUGUGAUUAUUUAAAGUUUGGUCUUCUCGUGUUUGUGCUUGUUAAGUCAAAAAAUAAAAAGGUCAGCAAUAGGUCUCUCUCUACAACAAUAUAACUGAAAUUAACAAUGUGGUUCUUAAAUGUUGAGCACCUGGGUAAGAGUGGAGAGCACCUUUGAAACUGUAGGUUGAUAUGACCAAAUAUGCUUGACUAUUUUUGGUAAAAAAUGUGAAGAUUAUUUCAUAUAGUACUUGCAUUUAUGUAUUAAUUUCAAUUAAACAAUUGGCUUUCACAACAUAAACAUAAUAACUACUGAGGUAUAAUUCUUGCUGUAGUGUGGAAAAUAGAAGAGUUACAUUUGGAGGCAGUACAGAGGAGAUUCACCUGAUUGAUUUGAGAGUUGAGGUCUUUGUCCUUUGAAUAGAGAUUGAGCAGUUUAGGCCUAUACUCACUCAAGAUUAGAAGAACGAGAGAAGACUGAAUUGACAAAGUACA